GCAAGCAGUGAACUGCGCAUGCGUCACCUUCUAAACGUAAACAACUUUGUUGUGGCCUCGCCCUAGUGCAAUGGACAUUUCGCUCCACCCUCAACUCUGAACGAAUCUGAUCAAACCCAGCCUAAACCGCAAUUGAUUUUAGCCUUCCACAUUGAUUCACUAAUAGUCUCGCCCCUAUUUUAUAUCCUGAUUUUGUGGAUCUAACCCGAAACAGACCAUGUUGCAGGUGAACCGUUUGGUGCUUCAGUAUCAGAACUGUUGCCAUUACUCGUCUCGAAUUACACCCAAGUCUGCUGCCGCUCUGAUUUCCUCGUCCGGGCAUCAUCAGGGUGGUUUCGGGACUCUCAUGCCCUCAGCUCGAUCGUUCUCGUCGAAGACCGACCAACCGAAUGACAACGAUGGCAAAACUGGCCCCGUCGAAGGAGGGCAAAGGUCGAACGACUACCGUAACAAGCACGGGUCCCCCGAUCGGGCCGACUUGCUAGGACGUCCAUUCGCUAACCGUGACAUCGAUAACAGAUGGCAGGGUUUACUGCACGACCGUGGGCAAGCCAACGACUCCACCAUGGGCUUUCCAUCCUAUUCGGGCCCGGUUGUGAGCCUGCACUCUGCUAUGCAAUCUAACGUGCCGAAACCCUACUUUCCUAAUGACAGAUCUUCGUUCCCAACUCAUAAUAAUAUGCCUGGUGGGGGAGUAAGCGGCCAGCAAAAGUUUCUGUACGGCGCUUUGCACAGCACCCACCCGAGUAACCAGAAGAGAGAAGAGACCUACCCGGUUAAAUUCGCCGUCCCUGUCCAUGCAACAACCGAAGCGGAAACACAAAACCAACCAGUUUCAAUUGAGUAUCAGGAAACGGAGCAAAGCGGGUUCGAUACCAACAACCGAAAUCAGACCGUAUACGAAAAAGGAGACGAAAGUGAUAUGAGUGUGUCUCAUGUUCAAGCCAGUGCCUCGGCACCCUCUAACGCUUCCCAGGUAUAUGCUAGUAGUAUUAAUAAGCAAGAUAGUCUUCAGAAUACCAAUUUUACCAGGUAUUUUAGCCACGGUAGCUCGGUGGCUACACAACCAGAGGUCACCUAUGUUUCACCGUGUCCUCAAGGAAUUCAAGGUAACGAUUGCGUUUACUUCCAACAGUGGAUGGAGAGCUGCCUCAGGUAUGGCCUGACCAACUGUGAAGAACAGCUGGAGAAUUUAAAGGCCGGUCGGAAAACUCUGCAGCAGGUACUUGAUGAACAACAGAAAAUUAUUGAAGAAGCUGCUAUAAAUAUCAAAAGCAAGACAUCUUUGAACCGGGCCACGACGACCACCACCUCUGCCGCCAUCGCUCAGAUUGUCACGUCUGUCGCACUGCACUCAGAUAUUGAAGAGCACCUUUUGAACAAGCAUCGGUCGGUUUCAGAUAAUUACCAGAAGCAUCACCAAGAUUUCAAAGACGAGCAGAAAGCAGUGGAACCAGCGUUGAAGGGCCAGGUGCAGACGGCGCUAAACCGAAUCAGGACAGUCUCUUUGCGGCCGCAACAACUGCAGUAUCACCUUCAUUAUCAUCAUCAUCAUCACCAUCAGCAGCAGCAACAACAACAACAGAGGACAUUCUCGACAUCAAACUGGUUCUCAAAUUCCAAAGGGCCCAUCACCCCAGAAAACAAAACAGAAACGCAUCAAACAUCAACCACAACUCCAGCCCCAGAUACUGCCCGUGGUACCAGCGAAGCCCCUCUCGAACUAACCCGCAGACAACAACUACAAAGAGCUGUCAAAGAGUAUGGUUCCACUGUCAUGGUUUUCCAUAUCACGAUCUCCCUCAUGUCUCUUGGCGGCUUUUACCUUGCAGUCUCCAGUGGAAUAGACCUGGUCGGCCUUAUGAUGAAACUUGGCAUCGGUGAAAACAUUUUGAAAUCAAGGCUUGCCACAGGGGCCAGCACGUUUGUCGUUGCAUAUGCCGUUCACAAAGUAUUCGCUCCAGUUCGUAUAGGCAUUACAUUGAGUGCAACCCCACUUAUAGUGAAGUACCUUCGACUUAAGGGCAUAUUAAAACCACCAAAACCAAAACCAAUCUCAAAAUAAAACCAUUUGUAUUAUUGUAAUAUAGAUACGCUGAUAUGUAUUAUACACCCGAAUAUGUAUAUUUAUAUUUUUGAAAGAAUAAAAAUAAAGAAUGUUUAAAUAAACCAAUGAGUACUAUAUUUCUAAUACUUGUGUCUUGGGUGGGUCAAUAUGCCAAUAAAAACUAAAGUACACACACACUGGUUUGAUACCA